AUGAACAAUAUUAAUAAAGUAGCACAGAAGUCCGACCAAGCACCUAAGGACAGUGCAAACAAAUAUGACAAGGCCAGUUUGGCAGAUCUGGUAAACGCUGUUUCCAAAAAGACAGGAAAAGAUCCAUCAAAACUGGAAAAUGUGCAUAUCAAAGACAUAAUUGAGAAAGACACUGAAGACCGCAUCAAAGAAGUCAAGAAAGGCAGAGAGAAUGAAGAGACUGUUUUAUAUCCGAACCAAGAGUCAAAGGACUUUGAGAAGAUCCACGGCUCAGAAUGGGGCAAAUCAGUUCAGAGGAUUGUAACUUCUAAAGUGUAA